AUGCCAGCCCCAACCUUACGCCAGCUCUGCACAGCGACUGCGAUCCGGAACGUGAAAUAUCUCAACGAUAUCGGCAAUGUUCCCUACACGCUUGCCCGCCCUUUCCUUUUGAAGAUCGAGAGCCCGGAGAAACUGAGGUCCCUCGAAUUGCAAUCUCCACAUAUCAUGAAAGAUGAUGUUGAACUAUGGAUGGAAUUUAUAAAGCGAGAUAUACCCAAAUGGGACGAGUAUCAGUUACCAGAUCAGCCGGACUGCUGGUACGACGUAUACUGCGAGCUACGAGAGGAAGUCCAAAGGGCUGUUGAUGAGGAUGCGGAAAAGCUCAAGAUAGCUCUCGAUGGCAUAAGUUCAGAGCGAGCCAAACAUAGCACCCAAUUUGUCACCGAUCGACGAACUGUUCGCCUUCCACGAGAUCGACCGACAGCAAAGCAACGGUAUGCCUCUUACGACCGAAAAAUGGGCGGUAUCGCUCCCGUCUUCUCGUCCAAAACCGGAGGAGGUGCCUCUUCUGAUCCUAUGGGGUCUCCUGUUUGGUCCUUUGAACGACCAUCAGUCCCUCGUUCGCAGACCCCGAAGAGAAAUAAUAUCUUUGCAGCACCAAAGAGGAACAGUGCAUUGGCUGUCCCUACUAAGCAGCUCAGCAACAGGGCGACUCAGGUAAGGCAGGCUCCCCGUUCUUUGAUAGAGGAACAUCGUCGACCUGCUGAGCCAGCCGUUGCCCGGAAACCAACGCUACGUGCACCCGGGCGCUCGGGCCUGCAGGAUACUUCAAGCACGCGGGGCCAAAGCAGCCCUGCGCUGAGCUCUUCCUUGCAAGAAAGAGAGUCCAGACUACGUGCAAUAACCACAGGUCAUGCCUCGGCUUCUUCCCAGUCUCGCACUCCACUGCAAGCGUCAUCCCCGGGAAGAUCUACAUCGGCCAGACCUUUGUCCGGCUCUCAGCCUACUUCGUCGAAACCCCAGCCCCGAAUGUCGUCUAGUACAAGUUUUGAAGGCCAUGAACAACCCAAAUAUGGUGCAAAUACUGAUUCUGACGAGCCGAAAAUGUCACCAACUCGUGCGCCAAUUCGAAAAAGGCCUGCUCCUAACCUUUUCAUACAACCGAAGAAGAAGAAGGUGAACUAA